GAGCCUGCUACAGUCUGUUGAGGAGGCCCUAGAGGAAAGGAGCCUGACCAUCCGGCCAGCCUCAGAACUCCAGGAGCUGGACUCCCCAGACGAUACCAUAGGAACCAUCAAGCGGGCCCCAUUCUUGGGGCCAUCCCCCUCUGAGCCUCCAGCUGAAGACCCUCUAUCCAGCCCCCUAGGAACCCUACCUCCACCUCCCCCAGGCCCUAACAGCCCCCCACUGCUCCCCACUGCCUGGGCCACCAUGAAGCACAGGGAGGAUCCUGAGAGAUCGUCCUGCCAUGGGCUUCCCCCAACCCCCAAGGUGCAUAUGGGCGCCUGCUUCUCCAAGGUCUUCAAUGGCUGCCCCCUGCGGAUCCACGCUGCUGUCACCUGGAUUCACCCUGUCACCCGGGACCAAUUCCUGGUGGUGGGGGCCGAGGAAGGCAUCUACACCCUCAACCUGCAUGAACUGCAUGAAGAUACACUGGAGAAGCUGAUUUCACACCGCUGCACCUGGCUCUACUGCGUGAAUAAUGUGCUGCUGUCGCUCUCAGGGAAAUCCACGCACAUCUGGGCCCAUGACCUCCCAGGCCUGUUUGAGCAGCGCAGACUCCAGCAACAGGUUCCCCUCUCCCUCCCCACCAACCGCCUCACGCAGCGCAUCAUCCCCAGGCGCUUUGCCCUGUCCGCCAAGAUUCCAGACACCAAAGGCUGCCUGCAGUGUCGUGUGGUGCGGAACCCCUACACGGGCAGCACCUUCCUGCUGGCUGCCCUGCCCACCAGCCUGCUCCUGCUGCAGUGGUAUGAGCCGCUGCAGAAGUUCCUGCUGCUGAAGAACUUCUCCAGCCCCUUGCCCAGCCCCGCGGGGAUGCUGGAGCCCCUGGUGCUGGAUGGGAAGGAGCUGCCACAGGUGUGUGUGGGGGCGGAGGGCCCCGAGGGCCCCGGCUGCCGAGUCCUGUUCCACAUCCUGCCCCUGGAGGCUGGUCUGACGCCUGACGUCCUCAUACCGCCUGAGGGGCUCCCGGGCACCGCCCAGCAGGUGAUCCAGGUGGACAGGGACACAGUCCUAGUCUGCUUUGACCGCUGCGUGAGGAUGGUCAACCUGCUGGGUGAGCCCACGGCCACGCUGGCGCCCGUGCUGACCUUUGACUUCCCCAUUGAGACUGUGGUGUGUCUGCAAGACAGUGUGCUGGCCUUCUGGAGCCAUGGGAUGCAAGGCCGUAGCUUGGACACCAACGAGGUGACCCAGGAGAUCACAGACGAGACAAGGAUCUUCCGAGUGCUUGGGGCCCACAGGGAUAUCAUCCUCGAGAGCAUUCCCACUGACAACCCAGGGGCUCACAGCAACCUCUACAUCCUCACGGGCCACCAGAGCAGUUACUGAGAGGGCCGGGUAUGGCCGGGGGCAUCCCCCCUACCCUGCCCCCAGGCCUUAGCUGCAUUCCCUUUUAGGCAAAAGGGGCCCCUCCCAGGUCAGAGGAGCCCAGGCUCUGCUGGUCUGAAGGGCAGAAAUAAUCCUGAGAAGAGUUUUGCGGACUGGGGGUGGGGGGAAGCCCACCCCAGGCCCCCCCCCAAAACUGGACCAGAGGAAGCUGCUGUUACCUCCCCCUUCCCUGUGGGCAGCUCAGGCCCUGCGGCAAGGGUCCCCGGGCAGGGUGGGGGCAGGCCCAGGUGACCCAUUCCAUUUUGUCUCCACAUUUCCUUUCCAUUCUUCCUGCCAAGAGCCUGCCCCUGCACCCUGUCCUGGGGAACAUGGUAUUUAAAAGAGAGACUAUAUUGGUAUUAAAGCUGGUUUGAUUUUACUCCACUGAUCCCUCUUUGU